AUGUUGGGGGCCUUGGGCUGGAUCCCGUUGUUGUUCGAGCCGUUGGCCGACUGGUACAUUCCACCCAUCCAACCCCAAGCCCGAUUACGGCCCGAGAACAAACCCUGGCAAAACAUCAUCACAGGUGUAUAUGGACACCCACCUCUCCUCAAGAUCCAUGACCGCACCGGCGAUGUCAGUUGGAGUUUCCGUCGCGAAGAUGUUGAGCAGGAACUCCCCCCGAACAUAAAGCGAUGCUUGUGGGGAGGCGCCAAUGACGCGACCGACAUGAAAUACAUGCGCGACGGUUCCAGCGUCGCCGCCAUAUACAGUGACCUCGCCUUGGUCGUCAACCAUACCCCCGAUGACCCGACACGCGAUAAGAAAAUCACAUGGGCCACCUGCCGCGAUAAUCAAUACCUGUGGAAUGCGCACAGCGUCGAACCCCUCCCCAAUAAUCUCCUUGCCGUCUCCACAACUGGGCAACGGCCCUGGGAUGGUAUUCUUGUAUACAAUGUUAGUCUCGAUAAUCCGCUCGUGGAUGAGCCGCCCGUCUUGCAGAAUAUCACAGGUCUACGCGCCAUCCACGGUAUGAUCUGGGAUGAGCAGGGCCAGAUGUUAUGGGCGACCGGCACCGACGCGGCCGCCGAUGGCACAGAUCCAGUCCCUGCCCACGGCACUAUAAUAGGAUACCCGUUCGAUGCGGCGACGGGUGAACUGCGCAAAGAUGAUCGGUAUAUCUACCGUCUUCCCAAUGCGUAUACCAUCGAAACCGAAUGGGGCAAAGGAUACCCAUGGUGGGCCGGGCCACACGAUCUCGUGCCGGUACCUAAUCAGCGUAAAUUCCUCAUCUCAGAAGAUCGGGGCUUGCACGCCUUUGACAUCGAGACGGGCGAAUUUUUCGCCGAGUAUCAAGAUGUCCAGGACAUGUUUAUGCAAGGCUUUGAGGUGACGACCGAUGAUCGUCACGGAAUAAACCACACAGGUCAGUUUGAGGAGCUGCCGCAGUCAGAUCUGAAGAGUUUCAACCUGGCGCCGGAUGGCAGCUUUAUUUAUGUGCAGUCUCUCUGGACUAAGUUCCGUGGCUUCCAUACCAGUUUGGUGGUAAAUGGUGCACGGCGCAAGAUCAACUUGGGCGAUGAAAUCUAUCGGUCGCGUUGGUUUGACGACAUUGAGGGAUGGCCUAAGCCGAAGUAA